AUGAGUUCGGAUACGGCUACUGUCGCGCAGGAAGUGACCGAAAAUAGCCAGCUGGAUGAAGAUCAAAUACAGACUGGAAAAGAACUCAAGGAACAAGUUAAUGACGUAUACUCUACGCCGAUUGCCGAACACUUUCCUGUUAAAAUUGAAAAUUUGUCAGUGGCAGCAACACCUAUUGGUGGUUUAAAUGAUACUAUCUUAUCGUCCAAGGUAUUAUCAACACAAAUCGGAAAUUUUCCGGUAAUCAAUAAUCCAUUGGGGACACCAUUGGUGCCACCACGGCAUAAAAAACGUCGGGUCGAGGAGCUGAAAUGUUCUGAAGUUAGAUGGUUUCAUCGGAAAAGCGGAGCGGAAACAAAAUGGACUGCCUUUAAAGGGGUGGAUUCGUUGUUGUUGGAAGUAUACUGGCGACAGCAAAUGCAAAUUGAUUUGGAUCAGGCUACCGAAUCCUACUUACGAACUAUGAAAAUGCCUACAUCAGUGGUAGUAUUAGAUGGGUUAUAUCGAGUCGCCGAGGAUCUCACAAUGUUAAAUUCCAUUUAUUGGAAAGAUGACGCGAUCGAGAUUCGUCGGGGCACAUGGUUUCUGGCAGAAAAUUUACAGCCAAUUGAUCCCAGCAUGGCAGAUCCCAUUGAGACACAUCAUUUACAUAUUUUUCGUUCACAGACUAUUCCUGACGCCCCAGUUUUCUCAGAAAAGGAGUCAAGCAAAAAACCAAUUCUUGCGGAACUCAAACUACAGGAUCAAUAUGAAGUACGGUGGAAUUCCGUUAUUGAUAUCACGUUGUAUAACAAUUCCAAAACAAGCCGAUUACUGCGUUAUAUAGCUUGGGGUAAGGGAACUCCUCUGAAACGUGGCUAUGACGAAGCGGAAUGGAAGGAUGGCAAACGAAUUAUCAGACAUUUGAUUUUGGUCGUUCACGGUAUUGGCCAGAAGGGAUAUGAAAAUCUAAUUGCAAAAAAUACUGAUCAGGUUCGUGAAGCUAUAUAUAGUUGCAUGGAUAAGCAUUAUCCGGAUGAGAAAACUCGUCCAAUGGUUUUACCAGUGGAAUGGCGAGCAGCUUUAAUUCUAGAUGACGGUAUUACCGAUUAUGUCACUUUGCCAAAGAUGUCCUCAAUGCGUAAUACUUUAAAUUCGACGGCAAUGGAUAUUAUGUAUUAUCAGUCUCCACUCUAUCGAAAUGAAUUGAGUUUUUCCGAUUAUAUAUUUCUUUUGAAUUAUAUUAUGGAAGGUUUGAUACGGUCGCUAAAUAACGUGUACAGUUUGUUUGUACAAAAUCAUCCUGAUUUUGAUGGACCGAUCUCAAUUUAUGCUCACUCACUUGGUUCUGUUAUGUGUUAUGAUCUGCUGACUUGUUGGUCUCCUCUUGUUUUAUAUGACAAAUAUGUGGCUGAAAUGAUCGAACAACAAUUGGCGAUGAAGGCAGAACAUGCUGAAAUAUUGAAUGGCUUCCAAGAAGCACGACUUUUGGAACUUUAUGGUGGAUUUCAACUCGCUUUCAUAACGCAGAAACAAAAACUAAAGUUUAAGGUUAGAAACAUGUUUUGUGUUGGCUCGCCUCUUGCUGUUUUCUUAAUUAUGAGAGGUUCAACAACAUUUGUUCCUGAAACCGAUAGUCUGAAGAGAAUAUACAAUAUUUUUCAUCCGUAUGAUCCAGUGGCAUACCGCUUGGAACCGUUAGUGCAUAAACAGUAUCGUUUAAUUCGACCUAUUAAAUUAUUCAGUUCAAUCGAUCUACGGUCAUUGCGAGAUUAUGCUCUUCUUCCACCCGAAAUCAACAAAGCUUACAUCAAGAAGAUAAAAAUAAAGGAAAAAGUUGAAAAAGAAAAAGAUGCUCGAAUAGCGGUUGUUGGCGAUAAAGAUCACGAAGAAAUUGAGGAAGAGGAUGAAUGUGAAAGCGAUGAUUCAUCGGCCUUACGACCGAGCAGUCCAGGGUCGUCACCGCAAAGUUUAACGCCCCCACCGUCAGAAAGUGGUGAUAAUAAGAAAAGCUGGUGGAAAUUUGGAAGCAGCCGAAGGGAGAAAGAAGCUAGCGAGGGAUUUUUUGAGGAAGUUAAACUGAAUGAAGCCCAGAAAUUGAUAGAAGAAAUCGCUGUAGAAGAAAGGUUACCGUAUCGCAUGGAUUAUCAAGUGCAGCCGCAAAUUACUGAUCGUAGUUACUGGUCUGUGUUGAAAAGCCAUUUUACUUAUUGGGCUAAUCCCGAUAUUGCGGCAUUUAUUGUAAACUGUUUAUAUCGAGAAGAUAAAAAACAAGAUGACAAGUGUUAA